AGCAAAUUGACAUGAGUCAAUGUCAGCGAGGUGUAGGAGCUGGAGACAUAAAUUAGACUGCCAUCAAAAUACAGGAGACAGUGCUGCUAGGAAUAUUUUUUAUAUGUCAAGUGGUACAGAGAAAAGCAAGAGAUUUCUGCUGUGUAAAUCCAGAAUUGGAGGUGCUGCACUGUAAGCAUCAAAUAACUUCUGGACUUGCCCCAAAAUGGUACUUUCAAACUGUGUAGAAGAACUUCUUCCCUGAAGAUUGCAGGAAGUAGGCACACAGGAGCAUCACUAGAAAAGAGCCCAGCCACAUGGAAAGAAGCCAAGCAGAAGCCCUGAAGGCCAGACUCCUCUACCAGGAAGUCUGCUUAGCAGCCCAGCAUCUUAAUCUGUUUCUGCAUAAAAGAAAUGCCCAUAAAGAGGUGUUCAAGCCACGUGUCCUGGCCCUCAGGGAUGUGCUUCAGCAAGUCUGCAUUAGACUGUGUCUAAUGUCCUCCCGUAAGACACCCUGUGUCUUACGGGAGGAAGGCAGAAGAGCUGUUGUGGAGGAAAAGAUACUCUGACAUUGUCAUGUUGCUUAUGAAGACCAACAGAAGACACAAGGACACCUUCAAGCUCUGGGAAGGCCCCUUGCGGCACAUCUGAAGAGUGGCCUCAAGUUCUACUAGCAUCUUUUUCUGUUCCUUCAGGGCCACUAUGAGCUGAGGUUACAGAGCUACAUAGAUUGGCCUCAUAGAGAGAUUCACCUGAUUGGCUGUGAAUAAGUAGGACCCACGUCAGAGGAAGAGGCUGCCUGGGCUCGCAUGGCCGGCCAUCGCUGCCUGCUCUACCUGGGAGACUUGUUUCGCUAUCAGAAUAAGUUCCUAGACCUGGCCACCAUGGAUUUCGCUGAGAGAUGCUAUUACGAAGCCCUGGCUGUGGCCCUGAACAUGGGAAUGCCUUUGAAGCAGCUGGGCGCACUGGCAGGGAGCAAGUGCUAUGGUGUGGAAGCCACAUACUUCUAUCAGCGCUGCGUCCACUAGGAAGUGCCAUUUCGGGGGCAGCUUGGAACCUCAAACGGCUCUAUGACUAUGCAGGGAAGUGAUACAGCUGUCUAAAAAGGUACCAGGAGGGGCUGGGGAUUUAGCUCAGUGGCACAGUGCCUGCCUGGCAAGCGCAAGGUCAUGAGUUCGAUUCCCAGUACCGGAAAAAAAAAAAAAAAAAGGUACCAGGGAAGGAAACUGUCUUGCAUCCAGAGGCAGUGUUGGGACGACAAAUGGCUGCUGGUCAGCUUCCUCUACCUUCAGAGUCUCCUGCAGCCUUAGCGGAAACACAAAGUGUCCAGAUUGAGAGCCCUGUGCCAGCUGGUUUUGGAGGACUUUCACCUCUGUCUUUCCUACCAACCGUGUCCAUGUGAUCCCUGCCAGGCUUCCACGGAAGGGAAGUCGCCAAAGGGCUAUUUGAUUCACCCAGACCACCUCAUCUUCCACCUGGUCGGUCUCUGCCUAAUGAAUGUUCACAGUCUGAGGAGAACGGGCUCGAAGCAGCACAAAACAGUGCUCCACUUCACCUUGACCCUUUUCUCUCAUCUAAUUCAACAUGUGAACACAAGAAUCCAAGGUGAGCUCCAGAGGGGGAAACGGUACAGACAUGACUGGCUGCAGUGACAGGAGCCAGGAGAAGGUGACUGGAGAGGGGCACCCAGACUUUCCAGCCCCCAAGGCCCCCAGCACAGGUGGUCUUGUGUUUCUAGUGAAGGUUACAUCUCUGAGGCCAGCUUUCACUCUUGCUGUGAGUCUGAUGAGACAGAGGAGGAGGAGGAAGAUGAAUCCUCAAUGUCACAGAUCUGCUCAGAAGCGAACGGCGAUACUUCCUGUUCAGAUAUAAGUGAUGAAGAAGAGGGUGGCUUCCUGAAGCCAGAAGCAAUCCAGAAAAGUGGAGCCAUGCUGAGAUACGAAGCUGACCAGGCCCAGAAGAAAAUGAAGGCGUUCAAACCUUCCAACAGUGUCCUAGAGCCCUUCGAAACAACUAUUUCCGCUAACCUGUCUAUGCCAUUGAAUCAAAAGCUCCCAGGGACACAUGGCUCUCAUUUAGCUCCUGUCUUCAGUCCCAGCAAAAGGAUGCCUCCUUCUGAGCUGAGCCCUGACUCUGACAGUGCCUCUAGCACGGAGGACAAUGUGAGCAGCUUUCCAGACACUGAGUUUCACGUUGGUUCCCUCACGGGCCAGGGCGCCUCCGUCAGCCAGUCGCCCAGCCAUCUCGAGAUCAUUCAAAGGAAGCUGAAAGUCCUGUCUGCAGAGGGGCUGCUGCCCACCCUCAAGGUGAUCCUGGGCUGGCUCUGCGCCAACCACCACCUCCUCACCUCAUGGCAGCGGAGUCCGCUGAGUCUGUGGGACCACCUGUGUGUGCUGCUGAACCUGCUGCCCUCGGUGGGAGAGCUCCAGCAGCCAGGCCUGGGCCUGUUCCACUAUGUCUAUGACCUGCUGCUGGGCUGUCAAGGCCCACAGAGCCCCAUGUUCCCACAGCUUCCUGCAGACAUUGCCCUGUUCCAGUACUGUCCACCUCAGGCUUCCCAGGUCAGGGUGGGCUCACAGCAGGCCCCUCCUGCACUCAGCACCCAGGAUGAGGCCGCUGUGCCAUCUGUUUCCUCCAAAGCUUUGGCCACUUUGCUACUAGACUCCGCGGACAGUUCCUGAAGUUCAACUCUAAUUUGGGUGUCUUCAUGAACAGCACACUUGAGGGACCGGAAGCCCCAUCUUGGCAACUUCUAGAGAAAACUUCAAGGAUCUGGUUUUCCAAAGACAUCAUCCAACUCUGGCUUCAAUGUGAAGUGGCACUGCUAGAGAAGACCCUUCGGGGACCACAGACUCAGUCAGCUUUGGCCCCUUACCUGUUCCCUGACCCCAGGGCCCUCUGUGAGCAUCUUCCAGUCAUGCAGCAGCUCAUCACCAGUGGGAAAUUCUCCCUCAUCAUACCCAGGUUUGUGGUGGACACAUUGCAUAUCCCAAGGAGAGAGGAGCACAGGCCUUGGAAGCCAUCACCUUCCUAGAAGAAGAGCUGAAGAGAGGGAACCAGUAUGUUCUCUGCCAGUGCUUUGUGUCCAAGAGGUUGGUGAGGCCCAGGAUGACCAGGCCAGACUCUGAUGCCUGGGACCUCUAUAAUAUUCUUUACUUCUGCAAAGAUCUGCUGGACUCAUCUAGGCCAGGAAUGCCAGAUCCCAACAGCAUGGUGACUGUCAUCACUGGUAUCUGUUUGGACAACCCUAGAAAUUUCUCACAUCCUCUGCAGUUGGUCCUAGGGACAGCAACUGAAGCUGAUGUGGAAAUCAAGAACAUCCUGCACUUCCAUAGAGAGUGGAAGGCGAUCAGCUAACAGGAUCAAAUCUCCAUGGUCAUAUCUCUCUUCCUGGUCACACCUUUCUUCUUUCUCUACCUUCAGCAUUUGUGGGUCAAACUCAAUAUGUUUCUCUUUCUUGUAAGCUCCUAAUGUUAAGGUAAUCAUUGUGUGAACGUUUGUGUCUACUUACAAGGAGAGCUUUGGUGUACCAGCUUCUGGAGGCCUUCUUGUUGCCUUCUUUGUCAUCUUGGCUUGAUACCAUGUUUCCCUGAAAUAUCUCAGAAUUACUGAUCCAUGCUUCAUGUUUUCAUGGAAAAGCAGCAAAGCCAGGAAGUGCUCCCAAGAGCAAGUCUAGCUCCUUGGAUGCUCUGCAAUUUUCUGAACUUUGUUUUGUGACAUGAAAUGUUUACUUUUAAUGCUUUUUUAAAAUUAUUAUGAUGAGACCAUCCCUACUACUGAAGGUAGGCAGCUGCUAUCUAUGGAACUCAAUAAAUGUAAAGCUACAA